UGUUAUUCAAAUAUUGACUCUGGGCAGUCUAACAAAGCAAAGGGUCAACAGCACAACAAAAGGUUGCUAUUGAACCAGCCACAAGGCAGCAAUACGAGGGUCAUGUUCCAGCUACUGUUGGACUAGUUCAAACCUGUUUUUCACACCCAGAGGAACAGAACAAUAACACAGCACCAGCAGAACAACAACACACAGCAUAUAUCCUACAGGCACAACAGGAACAGGGAGAGGAACACCCAAGACACCCUGUCCAGUUAGCAAGGAAAAUCUGAAAUUCCAUAAAAAGUUAUCCUGCCUGGUGUGCCAGCUGCACUACAGACCUGUCAAUCAUCUUACAAUAAAGCUCAAAACUGCAACACUGUAAAGCUUUGAGCCAAAAGAUGAAGAUGAAGCAAGCCUUUCUCUUCUUCUACACUUUGGUUGCAUUGCUCCAAAGUCACCUCACAACGGCAUAUCCACCCGGGUGCAGCAGUAGCUCUACAACUGCCAACUGUGACAACCAAUACCUCCAGUCCAUCCCACAAGACUUCCCAACAUCAAUACAGACUCUGUACAUGCGCAACAAUGACCUGACUAAUAUCAGCCACACAGCAGUGUCAAGGUACAGCAGUCUACGAAAUGUGUAUCUGAGUGAUAACAGGAUUUCCAUGAUAACUUGUGGGACAUUUCUGAACUCAGGCUCAAUUACAAGGCUCGAAAUUCAAAACAAUGAAUUGGCUACAUUGGGAGAUGGGAUGUUUGAUGGUUUAGUUCAGGUGUCACGCCUUGAUCUAGACAAUAACAAAAUAAGUACCAUUGGCACAAACACCUUUGCUGGCCUGUCCCAACUAGAUUACCUGUAUCUCAGGCAAAAUCAGUUAGAAUCACUGGAGUCAGGAAUGUUUGCUACUUUAAAUGAUCUUGACUACCUGUACUUGGACAACAACCAAAUACGCAGUAUUGGCCCAAAUACAUUUUUGGGACUUUCCCAGUUGGAUUACCUCUACCUGCGACACAAUAAGCUUGAAUCCCUAUCACAAAAUAUGUUUUCAAGUAGUUUAAGUGAUCUGGACAGGCUCUACUUAGAGUAUAAUAGUAUCAGAACCAUUGCAUCGAACACCUUUUAUUACCUUACAAAUCUGGAUCGCUUGUACCUGCAAAACAACAACAUCACAAGCCUGUCCAGCACUAUGUUCAACAGGUUAUCAAGCUUGGAUUACCUUUACUUGCAAAACAACCAGAUAACCAGUAUAUCAUCUAGCACAUUUCAGUAUUUUACAUAUUUAGUGUGGCUUGACCUGUCUAACAACAUGAUUGGCAGCCUUUCAAGCAAUUCUUUCUCUGGCCUUACUAGCUUACAGCGUCUCUAUCUUCAGAAUAACAGAAUUACAUCCUUAAACUAUUACAUGUUCCAAGGUAUGGGGUCUUCCUCAACUCCCAGCCAGCUGAGAACACUUGAUCUUUCCCACAAUGAAGUCAGCAGUAUAUCAUCUAAUACCUUUCAGUACAUGAGAUACUUGCAAACUUUGAAAUUGAGUGGAAACCGCCUCAGCUCAAUUUCUGCUGGAACGUUUAGUUACAUGAAUCGCUUGGUUUACCUAUACCUAAAUGACAAUGAGUUACAGUCUUUAAGUUCCAAUGUAUUUCAUGGACUUAGCCACACAAACUUCCAUACUCUUCAUUUGUAUGGAAACAAUAUUCAAUUCUUACCUUCAAACAUCUUCAGCAGUUAUGCUCGUUAUGUUGUAGACCUGCGGCUGGAUGACAAUAAACUGACAACCCUUUAUUCUACAAUCUUCAAUGGGCUGUCUCAAUUGCAGACGCUCCGACUCAACCAGAAUCAGCUGACUUCCUUGCCAUCUAACAUCUUCAGCCAACCAUCAUCCUUGACAAACCUCUAUCUUAAUGAUAACCAACUCACCAUUCUGUCAAGUAGCCAGUUUAGUGGACUGAGUAACCUGCAAAAUUUGCACCUUCAGGACAACUUCAUUCAUACAGUGUCAGCAAAUGCCUUCAAUGGCUUGGGCCAGCUGACCACUUUGAAUCUCCAGAACAACAAUGUGGCUAUGCUACCAGCUAAUGCAUUCAAUGGCCUCACAAGUUUGCAAAACCUAAAUAUCAAUAACAACAGCUUGACAAGGUUGCUUUCAGAUGUAUUUCAUGGACUAGGAAACUUACAAACAUUGCAAAUGCAAAACAGCAAGGUUCACUAUUUACCACCAAAUACCUUCUCUUCUCUCCAAAACUUGAGAACAUUGCAGCUUGACCAAAACGACAUUAAGAUUCUAGUCACAGAUACUUUCAAUGGACUUGGACAGCUUACAACUCUAAUGCUGCAAAAUAUCAAAUUGGACUUCAUUGAGCCAGGUGCAUUUAAUGGUCUCCAAAGCCUGCAAACUUUGACCCUUAACUCAAACAGUUUACAGAAUAUCACGACCGGUGCCUUCAAUGGGCUUCCAGCUCUUCAAAACUUGCAGCUUCAAGAAAAUCAAAUCAAGAUAAUACAGACAAAUUCUUUCACACAGAACCAAAACUUGCAGACAUUGAAUCUGGCACACAGCACAAUUCAACUUCAGGCUGGAGCACUAAAUGGACUUGGUCGAUGUGAAAAUCUAGACCUCAGCUACAAUGGACUCAAACUUUUGCCUGCAGAUGCCUUUUCGGACCAAAUCAACCAAAACCUUGUUACUCUGGACCUCAGCUUCAAUCAGCUUUCAGAAAUUCCUUUCCAUGUACAGCACCUAUCAAGCUUGCAAACUCUACAUAUUCAUCAAAAUACCUUAACUGCAGUCCAGGCUAAUGCAUUUGGUGGCCUGAGAACUUUGGUGACUCUAAAUCUGCACUUUAACAAAAUCCAGUCAGUUGAAUGCUUCAGUUUCAGUGGGCUAUAUUAUUUGCAAUCACUGAAUUUGGGACAUAACCAGCUUGAACAUUUGCCAGAAGGUGUCUUUAACCAUCUACUAAACCUCCAGACCCUUAACCUAGAGUCCAACUCACUCAGACAAAUCUUAGAUGAAGCUUUAGCAAACUUAUCGAACCUUCAUUUCUUGGGUCUUCAGAACAACAACUUCAAGACACUCAACAUUGAUGCCUUUCAAGUACUCUCCACAAUAACUAAUGGAAAUAACCUUAACCUACAGGGGAAUCCCUGGGUGUGUGACUGUCAGAUGCUGAAAACUAGAAUCAACAUGACAGGAGCCCCCUUUGAGUCUACCAUAAUUUGUGGUAGUGAUGUCAAUCCCACUGGUAUUGCUGGACAUGCAUUAAGUAGUCUUCAUCCACAAUCUCUUAGGUGUGAAGGUCCAUCUGUUUUGGCAUUCACCAUCUUCAAUAUCAGUAGUACUAUUUCUACCAGAGAUAAUGUCACCAUGUACUGUGAAACCUCUGGGUUUCCUAUUCCAGAUUUAGAGCUCCUUGUGCCCAGUGGAGACAGUGUCAGAGCAGGUGAUUGUGCUAAUGAUACAAAUAUCUGUAUGUUGAGCAAUGGUACUAUUUUGGUUCCCAAUAUUGAAAAAGAACAAGAGGGGGUAUACACAUGCAUUGCCUCAAAUCCAGCAGGUUAUGCACACAGCAGUAUGUCAAUAACACUUAGUGUUCCAGAGGAAACAGAACCCAGUGCAAGCAUCUCUGUUGCUGCCUUUGCUGGCAGCAUGUGUGGCUCUGUCCUUGGUACUGCAAUUCUUUGCACACUUGUGUUCAUUGCCUGUAGUAGAAGGCAGAGAAACACUCCUCCAUCCCCAGAUCAAAGUGUUGUAUUCAGUAAUGUAAGGGCAGCUACUGAAGAGCCACAGGAUGAUCUGAGAGGUCCCAAUCUGUUGUCCCUUCCUUGUGCAACCACUUCUGGUCCUCUAAAAGAUGACCGCUAUACCCAUCCACCAACCUCUACAGAGGCAAUGGGGGUAUACGAGGAAGUUAGUGAACCUGAUCAUAAACAAAAAGAAAGAAGCAAAGCACAAGCAAAAGGAGGGGCCCCAAGACGAGCACUUAAACUCCCCAAACAAGGUAUUCCUCAGAAGCCCCCAUCUCCCGCCACCACUUCUGAUCCUGUGCAAGAUGACCGUUAUACCCUUCCCCCAACCACUACAGAGGUAUACGAGGAAGUCUGUGUACCUCCAAGUGAACAAAAGAAAGUAAGUACAGCGCAAGCAAAGGGGGGGCCACCAAGAAAGGCACUAAAACCACCAAAAAUGCAGAGACAUGCUGUUCCUCAGCAGCCACCAGAUCCCCCUCAACGAUUUGAAAGUGCUGAAGGAACAGCUGAUAAUAUAUACACGAAUGAGCCAGAAGUGAUGUACAUGAAUGAACCAGGUGCUACUGCUAUGGAGUACUAUCAACCACUGCAGAAGCCUGACCAAUGAUCUAAAUCUUUUCCAAAGCAUGUUUUUGGGGGCCGCGUAGCACAGUGGUAGUGUAUUCGGCCCGUGACCGAGAGGUCACCGGUUCGAAUCCGCCUGCCGUGUUGCCGGUGUUGCCCUUGGGAAAGG